AUGAGUUCAGCAUCUGUUACCAGCCCUCGUUCGAAUUCACCAGGCAACAACAAUAUUACAGAUAAUCAAGAUGAUGAACUAACAAAGGAUAUAAAGGAACAUCAACUUCAAACACAAUCCUCAAAAGUUGAGAUAAAACGACAAGUAUCUGACAUUGAAUCUGAGAAGGAAAAGAAAAAUUGGUUAAUUCAUGUACUGUACACUAGGCAAGAUAUUGAAGAAUGUUUAAAUACAAUAGAAGAACAAAUCAGAGCUUGUGAAGGAAAAUGCGAAUAUGCUAUUUAUGUUAAAGGAUUGAUUAAGAGACAACAAGGUGAUAUUACACAAUCACUUCAAUUAUUUCAACAAGCUUGUAUUUUGAACCCGAUGAAUCCUCAAAAUAUAAAACAAGUAGGAAAGAGCUUGUUCCUUAUGGGAAAAUUCAAGGAAGCUAUUGAAAUUUAUGAUGAAGCCAAAAGAAUUUCUCCACAAGAUUGGGAGAUUUGGCAUAAUAAGGGUUUAUGUCAUGCAAAUCUUGGAGAUUUUGAGAAGGCUGAAGAAUGUUAUCAAAGAUCAAAUUCGAUACAACGACAUGAUAUAACUUUUAUAGAAUUGGGAAAAAUAUUCACAAUACAAGAAAGAUACGAAGAAGCAAUUGAUAUUUACUUGGAAGCAUUAGACUUUUCUCCAGAAAAUCCUGAACUUUUGAGCACUGUUGGUCUUCUCUAUUUGAGAGUUGGUGAUAAUCUUAAAGCAUUUGAUUAUCUCGGAAACUCACUCUCUCACGAUCCAACCAAUCCUAAAACUAUUUUGGCAACAGGCAGCAUCAUACAAGACCAUGGAGAAAUGGAAGUGGCCUUAAGUAAAUACAGAAUUGCUGCAAAAAAGAAUCCAAAUUCUGCCCAACUUUGGAAUAAUAUUGGCAUGUGCUUUUUUGGCAAACAAGAUUAUGUAACUUCCAUCGCUUGUUUGAAAAGAGCUUUGUAUUUGGCACCAUUUGAGUGGAUCAUUUCUUACAACUUGGGUCUUGUUCACCUCAACACUAGACAAUAUGCCUCUGCUUUCCAUUACUUCUCAACCUCGAUUAAUUUGAACCCAAAUUUCGCAAGUACAUACAUGUAUUUGGGAAUAACAUUGAACAGACUGGACGAUUUUGAAAAUGCAUGCUCUGCUUAUGAAAAAGCAAUUGAAAUGGAAGGAGAUUAUCUAUUCGAACUGAACUAUGCCAUCACAUUGUACAACCACCAAAAUUUCGAACAAUCAAGAGCCCAUUUCGUUGAAUUUGAAAGACUUUUUCACGAGGCACACACAGGAGAGGAUGCAGAAGAAUGUGAUGAUGAAUUUAUUAUGGAAGCAAGAAAAAAGUUAUCGUCAUUGCUUUCAUCCUAA